AUGGCUUCUCGUAUUGGGAUCUUCGUCGUCUUCGUAGCUGUGUUCUUAUCUCUUUCUUCGUUUUCAUCCGCUCAGGAUCUUCAGAUCGUAAAUGCCGAGCGAAGGAUUGAUUUAAGCUCACAUAUCGUGAAGGCCUUCUUGACUCUCAAGGUCGAAAAUAUUGGGAAAAAUCCUGUUGCAGAAAUGCUUCUUGCUUUCCCACCUACUCAGAUCAAGCAUUUGGCUAUGGUCCAAGCCUUGGCAAUUACAGGAAAGAAGAAGAAGAAAACCUACUUGCCUCUGGAUGUAAAACCAACUGAACAAGCUGAUGCACCAAAUGACACUGGAUAUUUCAGUGUUUCGUUUGUUAGCCCCUUAGGCCCGGGUGAAACUGUUACGCUUGAGGUGCUAUACAUAUUGACUCAUUCCUUGGAACCUUUCCCAGUGGAGAUAACCCAGUCAGAAUCUCAGUUGGUUUACUAUCGUGAUAGUGCAGUGAUACUGUCUCCAUAUCACAUUAAGCAACAGGCAACUAUUGUUAAGACUCCUAGUACUAGAGUAGAGUCGUUCACUAGCAUCGAACCUGCUAACCGGGCAGGGAAGGAGAUAAAAUAUGGACCAUAUGAGAAUCGUGCUCCGUACUCUUACUCACCUGUUAUCAUUCACUUUGAGAAUAACAGUCCGUUUGCCGUUGUUGAGGAACUUGUCCGUGAAAUUGAGAUUUCUCACUGGGGUAGCCUUCAGAUAACAGAGAAUUAUAAGUUGACUCACGGGGGAGCUCGGCAUAAGGGUGUUUUCUCAAGGGUUGAUUAUCAAUCUAAACGUUCCGCCAGUGGUGCAUCCUCUUUCAAUGCGCUCCUUGCAGUACUGCCUCCCAGAGUUAACUCUGUCUACUACAGGGAUGACAUAGGAAACAUCUCAACUUCACAUUUGCGUACAGGCUUUCGAAAGUCAGAACUUGAAUUUGAACCGCGAUACCCGUUAUUUGGAGGGUGGAGAGCAACUUUUAUCAUCGGCUAUCGAGUUCCAUUGGAGGACUAUCUCUUUGAAGCCCCCGAUGGCAGGCGUUACUUGAACUUUACCUUUGGGUGCCCGCUCGUUGAAACUAUUGUCAACAAGUUGACUGUCAAAGUUGUGCUUCCUGAAGGAUCAAAGGACCCUUCUGCUGUUUUGCCCUUUACAGUCAAUCAAGACUUACAGGUCAAAUACUCAUACCUUGACAUUGUGGGAAGAACCGUGGUUGUGUUGCAAAAGGAUAAUGUAGUUCCCACUCACAACGUACCCUUCCAGGUGUACUAUACAUUCAAACCAAUAUACAUGCUCGCGGAACCAUUGAUGCUUGUAUCGGCAUUCUUCUUCGUCUUUGUGGCUUCUCUUGCGUAUGUACACAUCGAUCUCAACAUCGCCAAGAAGUAG